UUGGUUUUGUGUUUGUAUCCGUACGAAGUUCAAAUAUAUUCGUUUGUUUGAAUUUUGACAACGGUUGUGAGGGAUGGCAGACAUACAACAAAGUAGGUUUGAAAAAUCACUGGGUUUACUAACCACAAGAUUCGUCUCACUGUUGCAACAGGCGAGGGAUGGUGUCCUUGAUUUGAAAGUUGCAGCAGAUAUAUUGGCUGUGAGGCAGAAGAGGAGGAUAUAUGACAUCACAAAUGUUCUUGAGGGCAUUGGUCUCAUUGAGAAGAAAAGCAAGAACAGCAUUCAGUGGAAGGGUGCUGGUCCUGGCUGCAACACACAGGAAACGGCUGAACGGCUGUCAGUAUUGAAGAAAGAAAUUGCAAUGCUUGAUGAACAUGAACAGAAGCUUGACACACACAAGCAGUGGGUGCAGCAGAGUAUUAGGAACAUCACAGAUGAUGUGGAAAAUUGUCGUCUGUCGUAUGUAACUCAUGCUGACAUCUGCAGUUGUUUUGACGACACAAUGCUUGCCAUUCAGGCACCCAAUGGAUCAGAGCUUGCUGUACCGCCUGGAAAUGAUAAAGAUCCACUUGGUAAACCCGUAUAUCAAAUACACCUUAAAUCUUCUAUAGGACCUAUAUCGGUUCUUCUGGUUGACAGGAAGAUUGAGGAGCCAAACAUUAAAGAAGAAAGCAUGGACAAUGUGGAACAGGGCACCAGUGGGACAAUGACUGAAGAGCAGGUAUUGACAGAUGCCCGUGAAAAGUUAGAAGCAUACAAAGCAGCUAUGAAAGCACCACCAGAAACAUUAGCUGGUACUGCUCUUGCUUCUCGUACAACAAGAUUGCGCAGUUCACCGCAGAAGGGCACAUUACCAACAACAAUGGCCAAAGUUCCUGUUAGGCAAGCAGCCACUACACAGGAGGAACAAGUAUCUCAGUCACCAUCAAGCCCUAAACGUCGUAGAGGUCCAGGGCGACCACCCAAACACCCAAAACUAGACCUAGACGUAGAAUUGGAUAUGGAAUUGUUGGAGCCCGAUAUCAUUCUCAGUGAUGUUGUAUCUGGUGAUGGCACUGAUGUGCCAAUGGGUUUUGAUGGAGAGUUCCUUGAAGAUCUGAUAUCAUCAGAACUUUUCGGGCCUUUUGUGAGAUUGAGUCCUCCUCCAAGUGAUAAGGACUACUGCUUCAAUCUCAGUGAUUCAGAAGGAGUUUGUGACUUGUUUGAUGUUCCAUUGAUUUCUAUGUGAAUAGUUCCUCCAUACAAGCAGUUGCAACUCCAUUAUGAAACUGUUAUUGACCGUUAUGUCACAAUGCUUAAGUGGUAUAUUGUGAAUAUAAAUUUAUAUUUAUACAUUCCUUUGUUGUGUGAAACAGUUGUAAGAAAAGUAUUCUUCUUGUACAAUAUAUUUUUUAUUUUUGCUGUUUGUGAACACUCAAAUGAUCAUGCUGUGAAGAGUUUGUUUUUAAAUUUUUGUGAAUAUUUGUGUGACAUAUACUUUUGUCAGAAGUAUGUUAUGUAUAAAGCACUGUGUGGCAGCUUGUGUAUAUUGUACAAAGUUUUAGUAUAGUUUUCUAAUAAGUAAUGUACUGAAGUAAAGCUUUAUCAAGCAACAUA